AUGAGACUGUUUUAUAUUUUCCCGUUUCUUCUUCUAUGGAUAUCAACAACAGCAUUAGCAUUUAAUCCCUCCACCAAUACGUCAUUUCUGGUAUUACAAACAAACAGUUCAGAUUGUUCAUUGGUGAUAAAUCAACCAUUAUCACAACAAUGUCAAUUCAUCAACGACAACAAUUGUCAAUCCACUGGAUUAAUCAAUUAUUAUAAAUUAUAUUACUGUCGAUUAUCAUUCCUUCAUAAUCCGUCAUCACCGUUCCUUAUACAAACACUUUCAAUUUUACCAUUGACUAUUUGUUUAAUACUUUGCUUUAUAUCAGUGGGUAUAACUGCAUCAGAAUAUUUAUGUCCUAAUUUAUAUACUAUAUCUCAAUUUUUAAAAUUACCCGACACUUUAGCAGGAUUAACAUUAUUAGCAUUUGGGAAUAGUUCACCUGAUGUAUUUGGGACUUAUCAUGCCAUUGGAUCAAAUUCUUUAAAUCUUGCCAUUGCGGAAUUAAUUGGUGCUAGUUUAUUUAUUAUGACGGUUGUUGUUGGAACAAUUGCUAUAAUUGAACCAUUUAAUGUGCCGAAAAAUUUAUUUAUUAGAGAUUGUAUGAUGUAUAUUAUGGUGUUUGCAUUGGUGGUGAUUUCACUUAUUAUUGGUGAAUUGACAUCAAUAAUUUGUAUAUUAUUGGUGAGUUGUUAUAUCAUUUAUGUUGGUAUCGCAAUCUAUUCUCAUUCACAAAAGAAAACUAGAAUUAAUAGAUUGUUAAGAGAACAAAGAUCAAGAGGUCAAUAUAGUGAUGAAAAUGAUGGUAUAAACAACGAUAAUGCCAGUGUUGAUGAAAUUUAUCUUGAUUCAAUUGCUUCAUUGCCAACUAUAGAUGAUUUGGAUUUACAACAAAUUAAUGAUGAAGUUGAUAAUUUACAAUUUGAGUUAGCUAAUGGUAAUAGUAGUACCGCUGGUGGUGCUGCAACUGCAACAUCUGUGGGAGGUAAUUUUGGAUUGAAAAUGUUAAUUAAUGAUUUACAUCAACAUUCUAAAAUCAAGGGGACAAUUCAAUUGAAUUCAAAUAGACAAUUAAUUUCCAGUACAGAAAAUGAAGUUCUUCCAACAGCUAUUCCCACUUUAACUCCUACUCCUACUAACGAUCAUCCCAUAUUAAAUUUGAAGACAAAUGAUUUACUAUAUUUAUUAUUACCACAACUAAAUCAAUGGCCAGAAUUUUCCCUAUAUGAAAAAAUUUAUUUUAUUAUUAGUUUACCAAUUCAAUUUUCAUUAAGAUUAACAACACCAAUUAGAGAUGAAAAUAUCAUAAACACCAUAAUGAAUGAUAUUCAUAACCUAACCUAUAACAAUAGUAAUAACAAUAAUAACAAUAAUAGUGAUUCAACAGGAACAACUACUACACCCAUGGGUAGUUCAUUUGAUUAUUUACAAGAUAAAAAAUUAUUACUCGUACAAACAUUCCCAGCAACAUUAUUUUUAAUAUCUAGUUUAUUUGGUAAAAUAUCAUCAUCAAAACCCAUGUUAAUAUUUUUAUCAUUAUUAAUAGCUAGUGCAUUAUUAAUCACCAUCAAUAUUUAUUAUCCCAAAUAUUAUCACCACCAUCAGUCUUCUUCUUCAUCAUCGAUAUUUAUAUCUCGUAUUAAAAUUAUCAAUAUUUGUAUGGCGAUUUCUGGAUUCAUAUUAUCAAUUUGUUGGAUAUCGUUAAUAUCUGAUGAAAUCAUCAAUAUUUUACAUAUUAUUUCAAUAAUUUAUCAAUUAAGUGAAGAUAUUUUAGGAUUAACGAUUUUCGCCUUGGGGAAUUCAAUUGGCGAUUUUAUAUCAAAUUAUACUAUUGCCAUGAUGGGGAAACCUAUAAUGGCAUUCACUGCUUGUUUUGGUGGUCCAUUAUUAGCUAUUUGUUCAUCAGGAUUAAGUGGGAUGAUAAUUAGAGACGGUAAUGAUAAGAAACUUGAAAUGAAGUUGACAAAUACGUUGAUUAUUAUUUGUUUAUCAUUGUUUGCAACUUUAUGUUUUUUAAUGUAUAUUGUCCCUAAACAUGAUUGGCAAAUUAAUAAAAAAAUUGGGAUUAUACUUGUUAGUAUUUGGUUGAUUACUUGUUCAUUAUGUAUAAUUAAUGAAAUUAAAUAA